AAGAGAGCAGUGGGGAUAUUGAUAUUGAUGAUGAUGAAGAUGAGGCUGACAAUGAUGAUGACGACGACGAUGAUGAUGACACCCUGGUUCCCUCGUGCUGUGACGGUCCCCCUUCCUUACUGGAGUUCUCGCUCUCCUCCUCCACCUCCUCGUCCUCCACUUCCAUCAGCUCCUGCUCUGAUCUGGAGUCUGACUGUGCAGAUCAAUCCGCCUCCAUCUGCUCUUCCCACGACGAAGAUAAUCUGUCCCUCGCUCUGUCCCCCAAAGAGCACUCUUUCCCACAAGCCCCUGAAUGCAAGCCUCCUACGCGUUCACCCCCAUCCCUCCCUCUUAACCGCAAUCCCUUCAUCUUGACAUCACACUCCCCAAUUCCCCCCUGCUCCCCAGAUGAGGGUUACCCCUCUGCCCUGGACUCCCCUUCUCCAGACUACUUAGGAGUCAAAGGUGAUUCAGAGGUCACCAAACUAGGUUUGCUUGACUUUCUAGAGUCAGUAGGGGAGUUUGGGAAAAUGGAGCGCUUCAGCCAGGUGAUCCAAGUGGCCCGUUGGGACCUUGAGGGGGAGCAACACUGGGAUGUUCUGCGGGAUCGACUAGAUCACCUGGACCGCCUGGAGAAGGUGAACAGGGAAGUAAAACUGGCUUACAUCGCCAAACUCCACGAGAAGGGAUUUGAUCUUGGAGAUCUUGAGGAGCAAGAUCUCUCCGAUGUAAUGGAUGAAAUGGGCAACAUCGACAUUCCCUGGAAGUUGUAUAAAAGCAGCAGAGGAGCGAUGGGAGACUCUCAGGAGUUUUCAGAUGCAGGGGUUGACCUCACGGCUCCUUCAGACUGUGAAGAUCCUCUCCUUCCUGAUUCCCUCACCUCUUCUCCUGUCGAGCCACCACCUAGACCCCCCAAACCUCCAGCACGGCAUGCCAGCGUGAGCUCUGACCUCCACACCUACAUCAAUAUCAGCAGGGAGACGACCUCCAUGGCUGUGUCCACCUCUCCCACCCUGUCUACUUUCUCCCCUAACUCCUCGUCUCCCACUUUCACUACUUUUAGGUGUGAGAAACCCCUACCUCCAUCUCCACCCUCCAUUCCUCCCCUCCCAACUUCUAAACCGGUCCCUUACCUCACUCUUUAUACCACCCCUUCUCCGCCUCCAUCACUCCCUACCCCAACUCCUCCCAUCCCUCCCCCUAGGAAGCGUCACCUUGCCAGGAAGGAGGCACAGCGGCUCACUGCUCUUCAGGCCCAAAAGGAAAGCACCCCUCUUUCCCUCCCUCCACCUACCACGCGUCCCCCGCCUCUGCCUCCCCCGCCAGUUAUCUCGAUCUCCUCCUCAUCUCCCCCUGCAAUACCACCUCCACCUCCACCUGUCCUGCCCUCUCCCCCCUCCUUCCAUGCACUAGAUGUAGAGAUUCAUAAGCUUUUGAUGCUUGCUGGAGUGACCCAAGCUGAGCUUCUCAAACUCAGCCCUGAGCUCAGUGUCUGCGUUGGAGUGUUAGAGGAUGAAGGAGAUCAUGAUAUCUCAUCUAAAUGUGUGGAGCCUUAUGAGUUCAGACUCAAUGAGAGGGAUGAGGAGAAGGGUUGUUACAGAGAUGGAUGGAGCAGCAGAGGCAAGUUAGACGGUGAUCGAAUAGCUCAAGAAACCAAAAAGAAAGAGGAGAGCACACAAAGAACCACCUCGUUCACUGAAAUGGCGAGGAGAAGGAAGCAGAGCUGCGGUCUGACCUCUGACCCCUACUACAGCACUGGUUUUAGCAAUACCCAUGAAACAAAAGCAAACAAUAUUAGCUUUGAAUCUUUCCGGUAUUCUGCAGAGGAGCUAGAUUCACCUCCCCCUCCACCUCCUCCUCGUCCUUUACCCCCAAUCCCCCCAUCUGUGCCAUCCCACAAAGUAAGCACUCUUGUGGCUAACUCUGCCCAGCCUGAGCGAUUUGAUUGGCUCAUUGCAUUCACACCUGAAUGUGAAGGCCCACCAAGGCUUCCACCCCUGGCAAUGAGAAAAUCUCACAUGGAAAGUCAAAAGAAGCUCAGCUCAUCAGGGUCAUCUCCAGGAUCAGCUCCAGGUUUAGCUCCAGGUUCAGCUCCAGGUUCAGCUCCACACGUCACAACUUUCAAAGAGCUGCGUAACCGCAACAAGAGCAACUGCCUGCAAACAAAGGUGAUCACUGAUCCGGACCCUGACCCAACAGUUAUCACUCCAGAUGCAGACAUCCUAUACAACCUGAGGUGGAGAAGGCAGAUGGUGGGCGGAGACGGCAACGAAUGGGAAUACACUUCUCAGGCUCAGGCCUUCUUCAUGCAGCCACCACCAGCCCUCACCUCAAUGGCCGCUCUGAAGGAAAUGCUCCAGAGAGCUGACGAGGAGGGUAGACAACCCGAACUGUGCCCAAUACAGAAGAUUGGCUGCUCGGUCAGUGACAGCAGCCUGUGGACCACGGGAAGAGAGUGGGAGGUUGAAGGAGUCCAGAGGGAGGAGAAGGAAGUGAAAGAAGUAGAGGAGGAAAAGGUGGAGUUGGAAGUGGAGGUGCGAGGACGAGCUGAUGGAGGAAGGACUCUUGAAACCAGAAGUACUGCUGUUCGCAGUGUCUCAUUCGCCGGCUCUGUUCAGAGGACAGAGGCGUCCUGGAUGGGCGAAGAUGUGAAGCAUCCAAUGAGAGGUCUGGGCCUGUCCUCUCUGUGCCUGCAGGAGAAAAAAGCUCUGGUCAGUGCGGUCAGUGUGGCAGUGGAAGCCAUCUUGGCCCAGUUCAGCUCUUCUCGGACUGUAGUUCAGAAGGCUUUAUCAGGAGACAGCACUAUAAAUCCAUCCCUGGGCCGUCUGGUGCUGCAGUGCCUCUGCCCUGCACUGCACAGCUUGCUGACCGAUGGCUUGAAACCUCAUCAGAGUGACCUAAUUGCAGGCAGGAGGCCAAAUUCAGCCUGGGGUUUGGUCCAGGCAUCAACCAAGCCAGGUCCGAAAACACAAGCGUUGUUUAACCUACAAGUUCGAAUUGGAGAGCUGCCUCAGCUCAGACAGAGCAAACACAGGUUCAACGCAUUCCUUCUUGGCCUACUAAAUACAAAGCUUCUUGAUUUCUGGCUGUCUCACCUUCAGUCUUGCAGUGAUGUGCUGGAGACAUAUUACCACCCCAGCUCCAUUAUGCGUCUGUCGCUGUCCGGCUGCCAACCUCUGUUCGAGGAGCUGCUCCUGGUGCUGCAGCCUCUCAGCCUGCUCACCUUUAACCUCGACCUGCUCUUCCAGCACCAUCAUUUAGAGGCAGACAGUCACAGUCCAGAGAUCCCCAGUCCACCUUCUCAGGAUGCAGGAAUAAAGCUUUCAAAAGAGGGGUCCCAAUCCAAAACAGCAGGCUGCAGAUAUAUUGAAAGCCUCUCAAAUGUAGACUUUGGAAGCUCAGAACAACAGGCAGCCAAACACAAAUCGUCACCAUUGAGUAGCCCAAUGAAUGGAGGCCCAGGGGAGUCAACACAAUGCAGCGCUGCACCCACAAACACUUCGGCCACUCUUAUGCAGACAAGUCCUCAGCUGUUGUGGGUGCAGGAGAAGAAUAUUGGAGACCUGCCCCCUCCUAAUGUAGAGGAGGAUAGCCUCGCUCAGCAGGCUGGACAGGUGAUCCAGCAGGGAUGGGGGGCUGUGAUGCGCUGGGGAGGCAGAGUGAGCCAUAACCUGUCUGAGCUGAACCUGAAAAAGGAGGAGAUGAGGAUGGAUCUGCCAGACCUUCAUGCACAUGCAGAGAGUGACUUCGCUCCGGUCAGCAGUGGUGCUCAGGUUCCCUGGCGUCUGGGGCGGUUCUUUGGAGCCUCUAAAAGCCUCAGCAGCCCACCAGGUCAAACACCACCGACCAGGCGUCCCUCUCAGUGGUUGGCUCCUGGAGUCACUGCUCUGACCCGAAUGGUGAGCAGCAACUCCACCCCAAUAAUAAGGAGGGCCCCGGAGCCCCAGGUGGAAACUGAACCAGAGUCAGAGAAAGACGUGGAGACACUGGAGAUGAAUGACAGACCCAGACCACUCAGGUCGGUGCGGACGCUGUGUGAUCACUCUGCUGGAAGAGGUUCGGAGCUCAGCUUCUGCAAAGGGGAGGAACUGGUGGUGUUAGGAGGAGUCGAUCAGGACUGGAUCCGCUGUCGCCAGGGAGACAAAGAGGGGCUGGUACCUAUCGGCUACACCUCCCUCAUCAUGUGACCUCAGCGCCAUUACUGUUGCACUCCAUCAAUAAGAAAAAACAAGAAAAAAAAAUGUUUAGGCGAGUGUUGAGAGGUUAUGGUGAGGCUCCACUACUCUGAAAGGGAUAUUUCACACUUGCUUGGUUCGAGUUUGAGUUGAGUGCAAAACACCAUCUGCUCUGCUUUACAUGCAUCAGGAGCAAUCUGCAGCUCUCUCCCUUUAUGAACAUAUGGGAGUUCCCCCCCCCCCCCAUCACAAUCCAUCUAGUUUGGUAGCAUUAAACUAAUGGAUGUUAGCAGCAGGAAUGCAGCAGAUGGUGUAAAAAAAAACAAGUCAAAUUUAGACCAUUUCAUACUAAAAGACCUUUGAUCUUGAAGUGAAGUAUCCCUUUCAAAUGUAUUUUUCUCAAUGGCUGCCUUCUGUAUCAGCCACUGAUCUGAAACUGAUCACAGGGCAAUCAACUAUUCGCAGAUUUAAGAGCUUUCAGAUCAGCGUCUGCCCGUGGUGAGAAGGCAAUCCGACAGCCUGGUAGUAGCCACUUUAACAUCUCCAGCUGUAGAGAGUGGCGACUCGCAGGUUGUCUAGAGGAGAAAGCAUGUGAGAGUAGAGGGCCAUAGCUCCUGUUGCAUACUGCGUAGUAAUGUAGUGAAUUGUAGCUGUUUAGAUCUGUGUUCUAUUGACCUUUCACCCCUAUUGACCUCUCACCUUUAUCGCCUGGUUCAUGUGUGUUUGACAUGUUUCUGCUACUCUAUAUGACUGUAUAAAUAUACAUACAAAAUAUAUAUAUAAGGGUAUAUAAAAUAAGAUUGAUAUUACCAAGAUAGAUAGAUAGAAAGAAAGAUGAACAAGAGAAGGCAUAUAGUAAACACAAACAGCAUCUUAAUACUGUGGCCACAUUAAAGAAGUUAACGAUUCAAAUACUUUAUCUUUACAUCUGCAACUUCACACAUACAUUAAGUGGUUGUCAUACAUGCCAAAAAAAGGUAUAUGUGUUUGUUUUGAGUAUGAAAUCCAGUAUCUUCCCUUGUGUGUGCUUCAUCUUUUGCUAUUAAUGUGACAUAUUCCUAAACUAUUCGAUUUAUCCUCAUACCUUAAACACUGAAUGUAUUGUAAUGUGCCAUGAAUGCUUUGAGUGAAUGCCAGAAAAUAUCUAUCUAUCCCACACUGUUAUAGAAGAAAAUAUCAGACAACAGCGAUCUGUAGCCUAAGUCAACUCGUCCAAAUUGUUAUGUCGGAGUAAACAUUUCACAACACUUUGCUCAGUUCUUGUUUAACACUAUCUGACCUUAAACCUAAUGCAGUGAGAACAUCGCAGAUGUGUGUGACUCAUGAAUGCUUCUGUAAAGUCUGUAGGUUUGGUGGCUGGUCUUCACCUCAUACCUCAGCUUUUGUAAUUGUCUUCACCCUCCCCCGCCAUGUUUGCUCAUCAUAAUCAUUGAUAUUAAUGAUAGUGGUAGUACAAGUGGAAGUGGUGUUAGUGUUGAUUCUAUUGUUGAAACACAUUGCUUUGUGUCAUAUAUUUAUUAGUUAUUCUCUAGAUUCUGUAUAGAUUACUAUGCAUAUGGGUAAAUGUACAACUUUUGUUUUAAACUCUUGGUUUUGAUUAGAUGCUGACACCUAAGGCCUAAAGAAAAAAAAGCUAAUAUAUAAAAGAGAUAUUAACUGGUCUGGCUGACACUAAAGGACCUCCAAUUAAUUCAGUAGGAAUGUGUCUUUGCUAUAGAUCAAUCAGGGAAAGCUCAGUUCUUCAAAGUUUCCUAGUGUUCAUGUGUCAAUGCCAUGUAGCAUGACAUCCCGUAGCAUUAAGUCGAACCAGUGGUCAUAACUCUAACUUAUGAUCACAAUACAAUGCCCUCAAACGGAUAAUACCUAGGUGUUUACAAGAAAUAAUAAUCAGUUGACACAUUCAAUUCUGUUUAUAUUUUUUGUUUUAUUUAUUUUCGAGAUUCUGGUCUAAAUGCAUUUUUUGAAAGCUGUUAAAAUUAUUGGAUGUACUAUUUAUUUAUCUGGAGGUUUCUGAAAGGAAAAGCUCUAUCUGACCCAUCUAGUGUCUCUCUAUCUAUCUGGGUUAUUUAUGUAUGCGUGUGGUAUUGAGCUUGUGUGUGUGUGAGCGUGCACACAUGAAAGCAGAGAUGAGUGUGAGCACAUCGGUGUGUCUGCACAUCCUGCACUUUCACUUGUGUGUGUGUGUGUGUGUGUAACAAUGAGAUCUGUACCUCCCUCUCCUCCUCUUUCUCUCUCUGGUGUCAUGUAGCCCGUAGACAUCCCUGUGUCCUACUACUGCAUAUAGCUCAGUGCCCCUUUAGUGUCAGUCACUGUCCACCUCCUGCAUGUGCUUGUUUGUAAAUACACCAAAUAAAAAGAUCAGUAUAAACCAAA